UUAUACUUAAACACUUAGACUUAGGUCUAAUUUACCGCGUUAUAAGGAAACUAGAUUUAAAUAAAAGAAGAAAAAUGUCAGACCACGACGACGGUCAUAACGACAACCAUCACGACAACCAUCACAAUGACCAUCACAGCCACCAUCACGACAACCAUCACGACAACCAUCAUCACCACCAUCACCACCACUUCCCCAAAAAUCCUUAUGCCACGUCAACAGAUCCAGAACUAGAUCCAGGUCCGCCCACCAACAAUCAGAAGCCUCCUCUACCAUCAAGCUGGAGUAAUGGACCACACGGGAUACCACCUUGCAAGCAUGUUUCUUACAGCUACUGGUGCGACGACUGCCAGCAGCAUCGCCGUCGUUAUUAUAGCAAAAAAGACUUAGUUUAAAC